AUGACGCAAUCGCCGAACUUCCUGCUCGACGCCGCCCCGGCUCGGGAGCUGCCCCUGGCACUCGAUCGGGGGGGUUCUCCCCGGCGAGGCCCCCCCUGCCCGGGAUCGGCCGACGACCGGGCCACCGGCGAGGCCGCUCCGGGCGGGACAGCUCGCGAUCCGCCCCAAUGGUGGCCCGGGGGCGGCCUCAGCCACCAGCAGCUCCACUCCAUCUUGGACACCAUGUCCUCGGAUGUGGCGAGCAGCGACUGGAGCCUGCGUGCCUGCUGGCUGUUGAAGUCCCACGCGGCGGCCGGCAUGCGGCCCGACGGGGAGGAUGACCACGCGUCCCCCGGCCAGGCCGUCGACGAGGCCGACCCGGCUCACGCCCAGGACCCGGGCACCCUGGGGGACCUCCUGCCCCGGUAUUGGAGUGAGCGCUAUUUGGCUCGGCUGGUGGACCAGCAUCGCCGGGUGUUGGAGCGCAGCCAGCGCCUCCUAACCCAGGUCCUUUGGGCACAGCGCCCGGCCGCCGCCGGGCCCUGGGGCAGCCUGGCGGCCCCCCCGGCCUCGGGCCUGUACCUGGGGGGGGGCCCGGUCGACUGGCCGACCGGCCCGGGGUCCAGCCUGGCCGACGCGGCCUGCGGCCUGAAGCGCCGGCGGUCGUCCCUUUUAGCCCUCGGGACCCCGUCAUCCGGCAGCAGCCCGCCCCUGCCCGCGGCCGCCGCCGCGGCCGCCGCCGCCGCCGCCACCGCCGAAGGUGCGCCGGACUCGGGGCCGCACCUCGCGCAGUCGGCCCCCCUCGGGGCAGACCACCCGACCAGCCCGGUGGCCAAGCGCCCGAAGACCCUCCCCCCGGCCGUCACGCCGCCGCGACCACCACGCCCGGGCAGCCCCGAUGACCUGGCCGGCCGGAGCCCCGCCACGGCCGACGAUGCGCCGGAGCCGGCGGCUCAGGACCCCCUGGCCUGUGGCGGCGCGCGGCCGGCCGGGCCCGGGCCCGGGCGCAUGCGCCGGGGCGGGCGCUUCGGCCGCAACGUCGUCUUCGAGAUCGCCAACACCAACACCUUCGACAAGUAUUGCGACGAAAAGCGCAUGGAGGAGAUCCUCCGCCGGCGGUCCGGGCGAUCGGCCGAAGCGCGGAGCCCCGGGCCCGGCGGGCCGGCCAACGGCGGGCCCGGGCAGGGGUGCCCCUCGCGCGUGCCGCCCCCCCAUGCGGCCGCCUGGGCCACAAGCCGGGCCUCUCUCACGGCAGCAGCCCUGGCCGGCCCGGCCACGACCCUGCCAAGCUCGCUGCUCGGCGAGGGGCCCACCGUAGCCGAGGAAGGCUCCGACAUUCAGCCCCUCGGGCCGGGCGACGAGUUCCCGGCCUUUGACCCCGGCUCCGCCAGCAGUGCCAAGCACCACCCAGCUCGGGAGCCGCCCUCGGGCCCGGCCGGCCCGCCCAAGCAGCCGGCUGCCGGCGAGACGAUGGCCAGCCCCGAGGGCGGCCCCGGCGCGGCGGCCUCGCCCCUGGGAGCACUCGCCAUACGCGACGGCCCGCCAGCCCGGGAUGCCCCCUUCACCAGCAUCGGCGACUUGAUUUCCGGUUGUCUGGCGGCCGCGCCGCCCCCGGCCCCCGGCUCCCGACGCAUGUCGGCCCCCUGCCCCAGCACCAGCUCCAUCGCCGGGCCGCCGUCGGUGGCUGCCACGAUGGCGGCCGCCGCCGCGGCCUCGCCCGCCCGGCGCCGGCGUCGGUCUUCCGGACUCGUAGAGGGAGCAGCCGGCCCCGCGGCCGGAUUGGCAGGCCUGUCCGCCGGGCCCCUGGCCGCCUCGCCCGGCCAGCAUCAUGCCACCGGGGGGCUGUCUCUUGGCGGCACCCCCGCCGGCGGCAGCCCGGCAAGUGAGUUUUUCCUCUCGCGGCUGGCGGCCACCACCGCCGGCGCCGCGGCCGGGGGCAUGCCGAGCUCGCGCCGCGGCUCCGCCCCCGUCGGCUCCAUCGAUCUCGGCAUGGGCCCCGGCGCCAAGUUGGCGGACCUCCUCAUCGCCGGCGACCGCCAGCACUUGCAACCGGCCGCGAAGCACAUUCCCUCCCCAUCGAGCACGGCUCCCAUGCGGGCGGACCCGCGCGAAAUGCCCGCCGCCCCGGGCUCCGCCUCGCCGGGCGUGCAGGCGCCCCGCCCCGGGCCGACCGGCGGCGUGGCCCGGCCCUCGGUGGCCGGGUCGGGCGGCGUGGUGCUGGUCGCGCCGCAGUGGCACACCGGCAGCCCCGCCUCGCCAGCCGCACCGGCCUCGGGCCUGCCGGUGCCAACUCAGCAGCAGCCCCGGCUGCCGCACCUGCCGCAGCCGCCCGUGCCCGUGGCGCACGACACGACGGACACCGCCGGGGCAGCCGGGGCCGACCCGCGGACAGCCCUCCCGGGGAUGGGGGCCUCCCAGCGCCGGGCCCGGCCGGGUCCGGCACUGCCCCGCGAGGACACGCCUCCGGCAGGCCAGGGCCCGGUGAUGCAGGUGCACGGGAACCCCUUCUCACAGCAGCAGCAGCAGCAGCAGCAGCAGCAGCAGCAGCAAAUUCCUCAGGCCUCCCUGAGGGCCUCUAUUUUUUCCCCCCACCCGGGGCCUUCACAUUUUCCGCGAGGCUCGACGUUCCCGGCAGCCUCGACGACCUCGAUGGCGGACCCAACCACCGGUCCCUCGACCGCUGCACCAUACCUGCUUCACCUGCAGCAGUCUCUGCAACAGCAGCAUCAGCAGCAUCAGCAGCAGCAGCAGCAGCAGCAGCAGCAGCAGCAGCAGCAACAGCAGCAGCAGCAGCAGCAGCAGCAGCAGCGCCAGCCACACAUCCAGGCUGGUCCUUUUGACGAUUUUCCUCCCGCGGGAACGGCUCACCCCUUCGAGCGGCACUUCCACCCCGCCCCCACGGAGACAGGGGCCUCGGCGCAAUUGACCCUGACAGCGGCGGACCCACACCCGGCCGCGUCUUCCCAACCGGGGCCCCAUCGCGAAGCCGGCGGCUCGAUGGCGACCGGCAGCAACACCGGCAGCAGCACUGCGGCGCCGGCCAGCCAGCCGGGCUCCGCGCCUCCGAGACCGUCGACUGCGGCGGCGGCGGCCGCCGCGGCCGCCGCCCGGCGCCGGGCCAAUCUUCCCCGCUCCUCGGUCAAGGUGCUGAAGGACUGGCUUUUCGAGAACGCGGCCCGGCCGUACCCGACUGAGCGUGAUAAGCAGCAGCUGCUCGAUCGCACCGGGCUGACGCUGGAGCAGCUGAACAACUGGUUCAUCAAUGCUCGGCGGCGACUUCUCCGGCCCCUGGCCGCUGACGCCGGCGCUACCGCGACCGCGCCCGCGACCGGCAGCGGCGGGCUGAACUCCUCCUGGGGGCACACGGUCGGCGGAGACCCACUCCUGCUGGUUCCAUAA